GCUGGAGGGAGGAGGUGGUGCCCGGGCCGAGGUGCGGUACCCGGCGCGUGAAGACGGACGCUGGAGGAGCGGAUGUAAGAGCACAGCAGAAAAUGUCCACUGAGCGAACUUCUUGGACGAGCCUGUCCACGAUUCAGAAAGUAGCCCUGGGCCUUGGGAUCCCAGCCAGUGCUGCGGUUGCCUAUAUCCUGUACCGCAGGUACAGGGAAAGCAGAGAAGAACGGCUGACAUUUGUUGGAGAAGAUGACAUCGAGAUAGAGAUGCGAGUUCCCCAGGAGGUUGUGAAGCUUAUCAUCGGGCGGCAAGGAGCCGCCAAUAUUAAACAGCUGCGGAAACAGACAGGUGCUCGGAUUGAUGCGGACACAGAGGAUGUAGGAGACGAGCGAGUGCUACUUAUCAGUGGUUUUCCUGCUCAGGUGUGCAAGGCCAAAGCAGCAGUCCAUCAGAUCCUGACAGAGAAUACCCCAGUGUCUGAACAGCUCUCAGUGCCCCAGAGAUCUGUGGGCAGAAUCAUAGGGAGAGGUGGCGAGACAAUUCGUUCUAUCUGUAAGGCCUCUGGAGCCAAAAUUACCUGUGACAAAGAAUCAGACGGGAUGUUACUAUUAUCAAGGCUUAUCAAAAUCUCAGGAACACAGAAAGAAGUGGCAGCAGCCAAGCAUUUGAUACUGGAGAAAGUGUCAGAAGAUGAAGAGCUUCGCAAGAGAAUCACCCAUUCUGCAGAAGCCAGGGUCGCUCGCAAGCAGCCGAUCAGCGUGAGGAGAGAGGAAACCCCGGAGCCAGGUGGUGCGGGGGAGCCUGCUUCGCGGAAACAUGCUGGCUGGGGCAGCACACAUGCUGCACCCCUGGCAGUUCCUCCCCACAAAGGAGUCGGUGACUCAGCUGUUGUAGGACCAAAAGAGGGUUCUUGGGAGGAACCUGAUAACAGCUGUCAGAAGACCGGAGUCCAGGCCAGUCCAGAGAAGUCCAUUUUUGAAAUCCCCAGUCCUGACUUCAGUUUCCAUGCUGAUGAGUACCUAGAGGUCUACGUCUCAGCCUCUGAGCACCCUAACCACUUCUGGAUCCAAAUCAUUGGCUCCCGCAGCCUGCAGUUGGAUAAACUUGUCAGUGAAAUGACCCAGCACUAUGAGACGAGUCUGCCUGAAGACUUGACUGUGCAUGUAGGAGACAUUUUAGCAGCACCCUUAUCUACCGAUGGCUCCUGGUAUCGAGCUCGGAUCCUUGGCACCUUGGAAAAUGGGAACUUGGAUCUCUAUUUUGUUGACUUUGGAGAUAAUGGAGAUUGCCCACUGAGGGACCUCAGGGCUCUCAGGAGUGACUUCCUAAGCCUUCCAUUUCAAGCAAUAGAAUGUAGUCUGGCACGGAUCGCCCCCUCAGGUGAGCAGUGGGAAGAGGAAGCUUUGGAUGAGUUUGACAGACUUACCCACUGUGCUGACUGGAAGCCACUGGUGGCCAAAAUCUCUAGCUACGUCCAGGCUGGGAUCUCCACUUGGCCAAAGAUUUACUUAUAUGAUACCAGCAAUGGGAAGAACCUGGAUAUUGGGCUAGAAUUAGUUCGAAAAGGAUAUGCGAUUGAGCUUCCUGAAGACAUGGAAGGAAACGGAGGUGUCCCGGACAUGUUGAAGGACAUGGCCACAGAAACAGAUGCUUCUCUUGCUAGUAUGCUCACAGAGCCCAGAAGAAGCCCCGAAGAGAUAACACAUACCUUGUCCUGCCUCAGCUUAUCAGAAGCUGCCUUUGUGUCUGGUGAUGAUAACCUUGAAGAUGACUACUUACUCUGAAGUCUGGGCUUCAGCUGGCUCAGCCAUCUGCUUUGCUGCUCUGGCACAGGAUUUGGUUCCUGGAGAGAAGUCCAUAAAGAGACACAAGCAGUCCUUCCUUUUUAAACACAGUCGGGCUUGCUGUGGACCAAGUCUAUUUUCACCUGCUGUUGGAUGAGAGUGGCCCAAAGGAAGACAUACUACACCUCCCUCCCAUGUCACCCCAGCCCUCCUGUGUCUUCAGUGUUUAGUGCCGUUACUUCCAGGCUCUUCAGCCUCAGGCUUGGUCCCCCUGCCAGAUAAAGCAGCUUGCUGCUCGGCUGUGUCCUCUUUGAGUCUGGGAAAUAGCUAGGGCUUGGUCCUUGGGAGCAAUGAUGAUUCAGCAGACUUGAGCCUCACCUCGGCAGGUGACUCUCAUUAAGGGAAGUUUUAGGGCCGGGGAGAUGGCUCAGUGGAAUAAGCGCUUCCGUGGCAAGCGGAG